UAUUGUAGAAGGCCCAUUAAAGUCUAUAGUUCUAUAUGGUCUAUUUCUAGUCACUAGCUGUAAAUUCACUAGCAAUUCACUAACUGAGGUUCGAUUCAACAUGAACCAAUCGUGUGUCAUUAGUUUGAAUCAGUCGUUAUUUUUCGUCGGUGUGGAACGUGUAAACUUGUGUUGUAUCAUGGAAAAAUGCUGAUUACAGGUUUAUUAAAAUGACAGAAAAUGAAACAAAACAAGCUUGCUUGAAGUUUUUAAAAAAUCUUAAAACAAAAGAUGUGUUUGCUGAUUUUGACACAUGUCUUACUAUAUUACAAGAAGAAGCUACUACAAAAGGAUUAGACGAUGAUGUUCUUGAUCAUCUUGUAGACGCUAUUAUACAUAAAAAUUUAGGUGCAUUUAGAUGGAUCUCUUUAAUAAAGUGCUUAAUUCCAAAGUACAAGCUACCUGAGAAAGUAGCAAAAUCUAUAAUCACUUGGUGUCUUUCUUCCCUAAAUGAGAUACCAAUUUCUGUUUCUACACUUGUUAUACAAUGGACCAUAGGUUUGUGGGAUUAUGAAUUAAUAGAUAGAAAAGUAAUCAACAUAUACUACGAUGUUUUUUUUUACACAAUGCUUAAGAAACAAAGACUGGAACGUCAUAUAGCACGUCUCAUCUAUGUAUUAACAAAACCAGAGGAUGUUUCUCGGAGAGAUGUCUCAAGAUUAUUAAUUCUUCAAAGAAGUUAUUCUAAACCUGCUAAACAUAUUACUGCAUUACUUUCCUUAUUUAAAUCAUAUAAACCGGAAUUGGUACCUGAGAAAAUAGAGUCGAUGAAUAUAGAAAGUGUGUGGAAACCAUUACCUGAGAACAUACGAUUGUCAUUGGAAGAUGCUAGAGAUCGUGCGGAAAUCCAACAAUCACGUCAGAGCAAUAAAAUUCAUUUUGAUUGGAACAUAAUGCAGGAUAGAAAAAGUAAGAAGAAAAAAGUGCUCUUACCCUCUGUUGGAUAUUUUCACAUUGGUUCAAGUAUUUUCAAAGACAAAGAUGCAAAGUCAAUUUUUGACAUAAGCAGCAUAGAAGAAUUAGGAAAAUACCAUCAGAGUAUCGAAUUACCUUGUAAUGCUAUUUCCCUCUUAUCAAACAUGGCUGGUUACCAUCUUCUUACAUAUGCAGACCUUCAGUAUCAAAGUAGAUUCUCAUAUAAUCUUUAUAACACACUUACAAGAGCAUUUAUAUUGGAAAAUGGAAAGUUUUCCGAUGAAGAAAUGGAUAAAUUACUUACCAUGACUGCUGAGUUUUCUCGAUAUAUGCAAGAGGGAAUACUUGUAAUUAAACUAUUCUUUGCUGAAUAUUUCUAUUUUAAUUCAGGAGAAUAUCUGUUGAAAUUACUGGAUUUGUUGCAAUGGAUGACUAACGUAUCCACUGUUGAGUUGCGAGAGAAUAUCCUGAUACACGUGCAAAAUGUAUUUUACGAAUCAGAUUUAGCUAUGAAAUGCGAAAUUAUUAAGUCUUUGCGGAAGUUAAUUACAAAUUUGUACGUAAGACAAGGUCUCGAGGAACGAAUCACAUCAUCUUUUUUACAACAAGAUCCACUAGAGGAUUUAGCAGAUGUUAUGCCUGUGAUUACAACAAUUUCAAAAAAUCUCAUCAUCAAUGGACUGAAUACGCACAAUUACAACGUCUUGUUAUUAUCGGAAACUUUAACAUUUUAUGAAGAGAUUUGUACAUUGGAAAGUCGCAGUCGAAUACCAUCUUGGACACUGCCACCGCCAGCGGUUAUUUAUGGAACGUUUGUUACAAAGAGCUGCGCUUUUUUGUCGAGACUUUGCAGAUUGUUAUUAAGAUAUCGUGAAAUGAGCCGACGGCUGCGUCAUAUGAUGCCAUCGGAUAUGUAUGAAGAAAAGAUUCAUGUUAUAACUAUAUAUGCAAAUGAUAUUUAUAAAGCGUUAUGGAGUAACGAGCCUUUCAGUGCUCGUAAGACUGGUGACUUUCUGAAAGAUCUUUCGAAAAAAGUAAUUGAUGAUUUAGGAGAUUGCGACUUGGACUCUUUAUUGAGCAUUAGCAAUCAUUAUGCCAUAUUACCGUACAAGUAUACAUUAAAUAAAAUGGGUUUGGAUAUAAACACGAAAGAGGAUACUAUGGCUAUGGCCUUAUAUUAUUUUUCCGCAGUAAAUGAGUUUCUUGCCGCAUUUCACGACUGACAUCUUAAUGUUGUAUAUAUACGUACAUGCAUACGUUUACACAUUUAUACACACAAUUGAAUAAACAUAAACAAAUUUCUGACGCUGAUUGAAGAAGAGUGUGCUAUUUACAUUCAAAUAGAUCCAAUAUAUAACCGAUUUUAGUAUUGUUAAACAAAUGUAUGAGAUUAAAUUUUUUAAAUAAAUAUUGAUUUUGCACAUACAUUUAUCUUAUUACGUUAUUUUCGUAAAUUACACCAAACAUAAAUAUACCAAUUUUGAAGAAAUCUUUUUUUGUAUAUUGAUAAAAUCAUUGUUAUAGUUGUAUGUGUUUAAUAUAUGUUUGACAAAAAUUUAUAAAAUGAGCUGCACUCUUCCUUCUAUAUAAAGAAAAUUUAUCAAUUCAAUGUAAUGUAAAUAAAAACCAAAUACAUAUGUUAUUUUCCAUGUAAGAAUAAUUUAUAUUAUUACAUUGGAGUCCUUCAAUUAUUAUUCUAAAUGAGACAGAUAUUCAACUUAUGUCAACAAUCAGACAAAAAUGAACGCCUAUAAUACUUAAUUUAAAGCUACAGGUUUUUUAUAUUGUAUAAUCUACCCAUAACGAAAUCUUACGCACUAUCAAAAAUAUUAAAAACUAACGUUUCAGUUUUAUUUAGUUCAACAUUAGCUAUUUCACAAGUACAAAUUUAAUAGGUCAUGUAUUUGUCCGCUUUAUCAUGUGAUAUUUUGAUUAGAGUUGAGAUUGUAAUAUAUGUUAAAUUCACAGGAGAUACACAAAAAACGUUAUAAAGGAACUAAAAAUAAUAAAUGUAGAACUUAUAUGAGUUGCCUAACAAAGUAUUACACAUUGAAAUGUAUCAAUAAUUUAGAAAUGAACACAAAAGAAAAUAAACUAGAUUAGAAAACCGAAAGCGUAACCACUCUAUAAGUGUUAACCGUAUAAAUGUUAACAAAUGUAAACAUCGCAAAUAAAGAUUUAUUUGCAAUGUCUGUGAAAACCUUUGAUUUCAUGAAAACACGAUGGGGGGGGGGGGUUUAGUAUCUCCUCGAAUGAAUGAAGCGGGUGAAUAAAUAUUACGAGCAGAGAAAA